AACCUUCAAUGUAGGAAAAGUAUAAAAAAUAGUGAAUGUUUUAGUUGUUUAAAAAACAAAAAGAUAUGAUUUAAAUGAAGUGAUAGAUUUUAAGAAAAAAAUUAUACAAUAAACUUCUUUUUAAAUGGUUUUAACCAAAUAUUCAAAACCAGUUUUUAAAAAAGAAAAUAAUGAUUUAAAAAAAUUGAUAUUAUACUUCUAUGAAGACUAAGUGAAUUUAAUAUGAUUUUAUAAUAAUUGAAACAAAUAUAUAUAUUAUUUUUUAUUUUAUAACCAAAACGUUAAAUAUGUAAAAUCUAAAAUAAUUUAAAAAUAAAAUAAUAAUAUGUUAUUAUGUCAUAUAUUUACAAUAGCUAAUUAAUGAUGGUCAAAAUUACAAUGGAUAAGUUUGAACAAUGAUUUCAAUAUCUACGACUAAUUUUCAAUGAUUAAUUACCGAACGGUUACAGAGUUGAAACGUAUUCAAAAAUUAAUUAAUGUAUUAAAAAGUCCUUUUAAGAAAAGGUGAAAUGGACUAUGGCUAUAUAUAUUGAGAUAUUGCAAGGCUUACUUCUACAUAUUCAAGAGCAGAGCAACAGAAUAAAAGAGAGAUAGGAUUGUUUGAGAAUAAGCAAAAGCAAACCCUGAGAAGAUGUCUUCAUCGUACAACAACACAAUUUCAUCAUCCUCCACUCAGUCUUUCCCCCUCUUAGCCAUCGGAGCAAACAACUUUAACCGUGAAGAGACGGCGAUGACAAUGAAUCAACAACGUCCCAACUCCGUUUCUCCACCACCCAGGAGACUAAGAAACAAACCAGGAAACCCAAGUCCAGAUGCUGAAGUGAUAGCCUUGACUCCCGAGGAGAUAAUGGCGACGAACAGGUUCCAAUGUGAAGUAUGCGAAAAAGGAUUUCAAAGACAACAGAAUCUCCAGCUUCACAGGAGAGGACACAACCUUCCAUUUAACCUGAAACAAAAGUCUGACGAAGAAAUAAGGAGGAAGGUGUAUGUUUGUCCCGAGCCCACGUGCGUCUACCAUGAUCCGUCACGUGCUCUCGGAGACCUCACAGGAAUCAAGAAGCAUUAUUGCCGGAAGCACGGUGAGAAGAAGUUUAAAUGCGAGAAAUGUGAUAAGUUUUACGCUGUAGAAUCUGAUUGCAAAGCCCACUCUAAGAUUUGUGGUACCAAAGAGUAUCGAUGUGUUUGUGGUACCAAAUUCUCAAGAAGCGACAGUUACGAGACGCAUAGGGCAUUCUGUGAGGCAUUAGCACAAGAGUCAGCAGGAAACCCUAACUUGAGCUUCACGGAAAUGUUAGCAGCCGCUGGUGGAAGUGAUGGCAGUAGCAGAGAUGGCUUACACGGCGGUGCUUCUUCUGCCCUCUCUCACAACCAUUUUGGUGACAACUCAAACUCUGGUUUUGCCCCUCCAGGCGCAGGUUUCAAUCUGAACCGUUCAUCGUCCCCAAAGUUUGAAGACUUUUUUCCUCAGUCCACAAACCCUAACCAUGGUCCUACUACUAAUUUCCCCAUGCAAUACCCUUCGAACCAAGGACUAUUGGCACGGAACGACCAGAAUCUCAUGAACCAACACGGUCUGAUCAACAACAACAACGUUCCUUCUGCUCAGCUUAGAGGGUCAAGUGUGGCCGCUAAUAACUUUGGAGGCAGUGGUAAUGUAAACUUUCAAGGUCAAAUGAACUCUCUAGCUGCGACAAGUGGUCAACAAGGCCGGCCCGGUAGCAGCAUUUUCGACCAUCGUUUGGGAAACAAUCUAAGCAUCGAAGGCCCUGAUAGGCGGACUUUGGACUUUCUUGGCGUUAAUGGUCGUGGUGGCCGUAAUGAACCUCCUUUGGACCUUGACAUGAAGUUUUCAGAUCCAAAUAAUCCAUUCGGAAAUGUUUGAGGAGAUCGUACACCUCCUAUGUUCUUGCUUGGCUCCUUGGAGAUUUUAUUUUUAAGCCUAUAUAACUAUCUAUUAAUUAAAAAAUAUCUAUAAGUAUGGAAAAAAAAUAUCUUUAAGUAAAGAAAAAAAACUAUAUAUAAGUAUCCCUUUAAGUUGUUAUUAAUGAUGUAAUGGGAAUCUCGGACCAGAGUUCCUCUGGUAAAAUUUGAUCUCUUCAACCUGUUGAGUCAAUUCCAUUAAUUAUUGGAAAGUGACUAUAUUAAUUUUAAUAUAAAUUAAUGACUGCAACAUUGUAUACAUAUAUAAUCUAUUUGUGUAUUUUAUACAAUCUUAAACAUGAAAAUGUAUUAAUGUUAUACACAAUUAAAGAUUAACAUGUUUUAUAACAUAGUAAACAAUCUAAAAAUUUCGUCCGCAUAAUUUCCAUUAAUCCUCGAUUUUCUCUUUAGGCGCUAGGUCCAACCCGACCGUCCGACUAGCAUCUAGUGCAUUCCCGGAUAGGAGUUUAAACUUAGCAGAAAAAGUUACAAUAUAUGCAUAUACAGUAUUUGAAAGAAAAAAAAUCUGGGAUAACAAAUGAAUAAAUUUCUUGAAAUAUUUAUUUAAUAGGUUAUAAUCUGCGCCCCGCAUAGAAUGAAGAGACUUAAAGUGAUUAUAUCUUUGAAUCUAUAAGUAUUAGAAGAUAAAAAGUCAUGGAAAUAAAUAUUACAUGUUAUAUAAUAAAGGAUUCAACGAAAUUGUGUAUGUCUAUAUAAAGUAAGCUUCAAUUUGUUUUAAAACUUGUGUAUUUGUUUUGUUUAAUUGAUUUAUAGUUAGUGGAAGUGAAUCUACGAGAGUAAGCUAAAACUUAUAUAAAAUAAAUUAUGAAGUAAAGAUAAAACGAAACAUAGACAAUAAAAUUAUUAUUUUUAUAAAAUAAAUUAUAAAUAUAAUUUAACAUAGCGAAGAUUGUAGAAACUUAUAUUAGAAUCAAUGAGAACCACUUCAGGUUAGGCCACCACCAGCAGAGUAUUGCUUCCACAAUCGAACAAUACUCACCCUCACACUCCACAUUGUCUUAAAAGGUUUCAAAUCAGCUACGAAAUUAAAGCAUGCCUUGAGUCUUGUGCUUGUGAAAAUGUUUUGGUAACGAUGUUUUGAGAAACAGACGGUGGUGAGGAGAUGUGGAUAUACGACUCUGUAUUUAUAUAUGUAAUGAUAAAGGUCUAGGGUAUAUUAGAUAAAGCAAAUCGCCUUAAUUAUAAAAAAGUAUUCAUUAAUUAAUAUUGAAUAACUUGCGCUCCUAUGCAUAGCUGGGGGAACCGAAAUUUGCACUGUCGAUUUUUGUUUAAAUAAGAAAAGUAGGAGAACCCUAAUUUUUCAGAAAUUUCGGAUAUCUGCUAAUACCACAUGUCAAGCAAUCAGAACACGAAAUAAA